AUGUGGGAAAUGGAUUAUCAUUCCAUCCAUGGACACGACUUAUGCAGCUUUGAUGCGCCAGGGACGCAUCGACUUCCAACGGUACAGGCAUCACAAGCCCUGGACGGGCUGCAGGAUGGCAGCGGCCUGUACAUCUCCACUGGCUUGGAAGAGCUAGAUGCAGCCCUUGCGGCUCCGUCUCCCUCGGCAUGCCACGACGCAGCUUCCCCCGGUGGCGUCAAGAGAGGCCAGGUGACAGAGAUAUGGGGGCCGCCCGGCACGGGCAAGACAGCCAUUGCACUGCAGCUGGCUAUAAGCUCGAUCCGCAACGCAAGCAAUGUCGUAUGGAUUGACUGUUUCCACGAGCUACAGGCUGCUCGCUUGCGACAAGUGCUGGCUUCAGCCCAUGUUGCCGUCGAUGAUGCUGAGCAGGGCGACAGGCACUCGGGCCUGGCCUGCAGCAAGUUCCGCCAAGUUUCGUGCCUCAGCCUGCCGCACCUGAUGGCCCUGUUAUCGAGACCACACGCCAAGGUCAUGCCGCACAGCGUCGCUCUUGUCGUCUUAAGCAAUCCUUCCUCCUUGCUCAAUUCCUGGCUUCCAAAGACGGCGGACGGGCACGCAGCGAGCCUGAAACCGAGCAAGGGACCGGCAGCGUCGACGCGACGACGCCAGGGUCUGCAGUUCGUGAUCAACGCGCUGCAGAAACUGGCAGCGGCCAGGAACUGCGCCGUCGUCGUGCUGACGCAGUGCGCCACCAGGAUGCAGUCGGAACACGGUGCUGCUCUCGUGCCUGCGGUGAACGCGACGGUCUGGGACCACGGCGUGUCGACUCGCCUGGUCACGUUUAGGGACUGGGCACGAAGAGACGGCAAGCUCGUCGGCAUCUUCCUGGCCGGGCUGCAGAAGCUGGACGGGACGCCGAGCCCGGAGACGCUGGAUGGUGUUGCGGCAUUUUGCGUGGAUUCGGCCGGCGUCGCAAAAGUGGAUUAUGAUGCUGCGGACAUCCCUGCAGGCCGUGGUGACGUGUUUCAGCACAAGAGAAAGCUGGGGCAGACCGACCUGGAGGUCCCCGACAGCGAAGAGGACGAGGACUACGGUUGGGCGGGAGACGACGAGGCGAAUCUUCCGGCACCGCCUCCUCAGUGGCAGGGCAGCGAGGAUGUACUUCUUGGCCAGGAACUGGGCCAGAGCGACGAUGACGAUGGCAGGGACUACGGAGACGGCGGCAGGGACUACGAGGACGACGGCAGGGACUACGAGGACGGCGGCAGCGACUACAAAGACGGCGGCAGGGACUGCGAGGGCGGCGGCAGCGACUACAAAGACGGCGGCAGGGACUGCGAGGGCGGCGGCAGCGACUACAAAGACGGCGGCAGGGACUGCGAGGACGACGACGGCGACAGCAUGAGCUCUGCAGAAGGGAAUCAAUGA